AUGAGAGUGCAAGAUAGAACAUUCAUUGUCUCCGGCGGAUCCUCCGGACUGGGCCUGGCAACUACCACAGCCUUGGCUCACAAUGGGGCAUACGUUGCGGUCUUUGAUAUUUCUGAACCUGCCAAAGCCAUCGUGGAAGAACUCCCACCCAAUUGGGUGAAAUUCUACCAAGUAAACAUUGCAUCCACGACAAGUGUUGCAGACGCAGUGCAAGAUACUGUCAAAUGGAGUAAGGAGACGAACGCCCCCUUGGGAGGCACAGUUUGCUGCGCGGGAGUUCUUGCCCCGGGGAAGGUGACUUAUACUCUUCUCGUCCUCAACCUCAGCAGAGGGACGCUGUCUGACAAGCAACAGAUAAUCAACUCUUCUUUCGAGCCGUUGGCUCUUGCAACCAUCCAAAAUGCCAUCAACAUCAAUCUUGUCGGGACCCUUAAUCUUAUCCGUCUACUGGUCUCCCAGAUUGCCCAGUUACCAGAAUCAGUCGACCCGGAGAACGAAUCCGAACGAGGGGUCGUCAUCAUGGUGUCUUCAGCUGCGGCUUACGAUGGACAGCCGGGCCAAGUGGCAUAUUCAGCUACGAAAGGGGCCAUCCGGUCACUGACGCUACCCUUGGCGCGAGAUCUGAGUCGUUACGGGAUCAGAGCCGUCUCUGUUGCUCCCAAUAUGUUCUCCACUGCUAUGACCGCGAAGGGGACAAUGCCUGAAAAGGCACGCCACGCGAUCGAGCGCCAUUUUGAAUGGCCGGAACGAGCGGGGGAAGCCCGACGAAUUCUCAGAGUUUGUUCUAGAAAUAUGUCGGAACCGGAUGCUGAAUGGAUGUUGUUUGAGAAUUGA